AUCGAAUGCAUCUAUGUUGACAACAAAUAUUAACACAAAACUCAUAAUCAAAAAUUGUGUGCUUUCCGACAGAAAUCAACUAACAAGCUGGUUACAAACAUGUAACUAAACAAGUUAAAUUAGCGCAGCUGAUCGCCUCUCAAUUGAAAGGUAACGUCAUAAUCAAAUCUGACACAGCAAGGGCAUGCACUGCGGCGAGUGAGCGAUGCAAAAAGAUAAAUUGCCAAAUGAACGAAGCUCUUAUCAGUCGGAUGGCGUAGAUUUGCAAUUAUCAUCUGCGAGCGAUAUGCGAUGCAAAUCGUAAGUGCGAGCAACAUAAGCCGCUAUUUAAAGCGCACGAAGGUCGUCGAAUCGGCACAGUACACCACGGCGCGCAGCAAGUUCAAGUGCAGAUCGACAGCUGAUUUUCAUAUAGCAAACUAAAACAUUUGAGUUUUUCUCAUAUUUUAUCGCGCACACGAAUUUUCUUUACCCAUAGCAUGAAAUCACAAAAGAUAUGCACUCGAAAUAUACAUUUUUGCUCAAUUCAACUAACCGUUAACAUUUGUACGAUAUUGGCAACAAUGUUGCUGCAACAUGUUGCUGCCGCAACUGAAUUUGUUUCACACAAAGAUUGUAACAAUGCGCCGAAGGGCACAAUUAUUGCCAAUCCCGUCAAUUGCAGCCAAUAUAUAAUUUGUAACGGUUUGCGUUCCACGUUGGGCGAAUGUCCGGCCAAUACAUAUUUCAAUCCGAAUGUUUUGUCUUGCGACAAAACGUAUUUGGCCUGCAGCGGCAACAAUAUCAUAAUAACAGUGUCACCAACAACAACAGCUACAACAGUUACAGAAGCUGAAGAGUCGUCUACGUUCACGCUUUUGCUCAUCACACGUCGCUUACUAAAUACCUAUCAACGUCCGCUAGGCAAUAACGGGCCGGGCAGCAUUGCUUUUAUAUUGAGUUUAUCAUUGGCGUUAUCGCCGGCUUAUGGGCGUCCUGUCUGCAUCAGCUGGUACGAUCAGCAAUUCCCGCAUGCCAACAACUGCGAGUACUAUUUCCAAUGUGUUAGCGGCUUUCUCAGUGUGCGUCGUUGCUAUUUCGGUUUUGGCUGGGACUUGAAUCGCCAGCAGUGUGUGCCCAUGCAGCAGGCGCAUUGUUUCCGCCCAAAGCUCGUACGCUAGUGCGCCGCUGCGCUUUGUUUGUUUUGUAUUCUUUUGUUGUUGACAUUUUGUUUAAUGCACAAAUUUGUUAGUUGCUUGUUUUUAUUAUUAUUACGAGCUGUUUUGAUGAAGUACACUCGUAUAAACAUUAGUGUGUGUGCCGGAAUCUUUAUUUAGUUGUAUGAAAAUAAUUUAA